AUGAGCAAUCCCACUGCCACCAUCUUUCAACCAAAUCCGCGACCACCACCACCACCACCACCACCACCACCCCCAUCACAACCACCACGGCCAAGACCACCACCAGCACAACGGUCCCCAGAUUUAGCACCAUUGCCGGUUACCAGUCAAAAUGAUACCACUCCCCUAGAAGCUGGUGAACGCCCUUCGACAGCUGCAGCUAUAAGACAAGAAUUACUACUCCGAACUCCAUCUCCAAUCACUCCCAUCGUCACAGGAGGAGAUGGACCACCCGGUUCAAGAUUUGCAGUUGACGGGUAUCAAGAUCCAGAAAACCCCGGAUGGGAAACCGCCAGCGAGAACGACAUUAGCGACAACGACGACGGUGGUGAUAAUAACAACAAUAACGGCGUUGACGACAAAAAAGUAGUCCACGGCAAAAGAUUAAAAUUGAAAAAAUACAGCCAAUUACCAGAUUCAAUGCAUCCUACCAAGAUCUCAACGAAUAGUCUCUACGAAGUCGAUGCAUCCGAAACAUUGGCGAUGUUUACCCGAAAAACUCUGGUCACUGUUCCUCCUAGCUCACGUACUCAAAUACUCCACCUUGACCCCACAAUGGCGGUAUUAGAGCGUCUACUCCAACAGUUUCGUCGAGAUUAUCUCAGAACCGCUAUUGGAACAUACUCCGAAGCACGCUGUAAAAAAAUGUUUUUGAUGAAAUAUCGGGGUUAUAAGUUUACGCAGAUUAGGACUAAUGGGAGAGAUGUCUGGGGGAAAUGGGUUGUUAGGCAAGGGUUUAGGAAGGGGUUGAAAGGUGGAUGUGUGAUUUGGAGGGAAAGGAAGGAUUUGGAGUUGAUGGAGACGAAAGAAACGGAUCCUCAUAUGACACCUCGUGUGAUUAGGAAGUUUGCGAGUUUGUUCGGGAUUGGGAAGGUGGAGAAGGGGGUUACGUUGAGGACUUGUAGGUCUGUAGGGAUGGGGAGUGGGGGUGCUCAUAAACGGAAUUUUGAGGGGUAUCUUGGGGGGCUGGUGUUCCCGGGAGGGAGGUAG